GCAGAGGCAGAGCAGAGGCUGCCACACCCUGCCUGUCCCCUGCCCAGCCAUCCCCUGCUGCAGACCCUGCGUGGCCAAGCAGAGGGCACCUCAUGGAUGACGACCAUCCCCUGUUCAGCACCUUCAAGCCCGUUGGUGAGGACAGAGCCAAGCCAGCACCCAGCACAGCCCCCAUCCGUGCCCCGGGGGCAGAGCAGCCACCAGGAGCCCACAGCAGCCGUGGCAGGCUGCCUCCAGGCUCCUGGUCACCUGCAGCAGCCCAGUCCCUGCCUGAGGAGGACCUGUGGCCAGAGAGGGCGGCCCUGCAUGCCCAGACCAGGCUGUGGUUUGAGCAGACACAGGCCCAGAGCUUGGGGCCCACGGGGGAGCUCCCAGAGUGGUUCCACGGCUUCAUCAGCAGGAGGGAGGCAGAGGAGCUGCUGCAGGAUCAGCCCCUGGGCUGCUUCCUGGUGCGCUUCAGCGAGAGCACCGUCGGCUUUGUGCUCUCCUACAGGGGCCAGGGUCGCUGCCGUCACUUUGUCCUGGACCAGCGGCCGGACGGGCGCUGCUCCAUCCUGGGCGAGCGCCGCGCCCACGCCGUGCUGCCCGAGCUGCUGCGGCACCACGCCAGCGCCCCCGUCACCCCCUACCACGAGUUCCUGACCCUGCCCCUGCCCCGAGCACGGAAAGAGGAGCUCCGAGCGCAGCCCCCAGCGGGUGAUGCUGUGAAAUCCCCGCUGAGCCAAGAACCAGAGGAGCUCCCAGAGCUGGAAUCCCCCAGAGCUGAGCAUGGAUCCAGCAGGGAGGCUCCGCCGUCGCUCCCGGCCAAGCGCGGCUCCCGGGGGUCGCGCAGCCCCUCGGGCAGCGCAGCAGCGCCCGAGGCUCCCCCCUACGCCCAGGUUCACAAAGCAGCCGCUCGCCCCGAGCCCCCCGAGGCCCCCGAGGCCAAGUACCAGCAGCUGAUGUGUUUCCACGUCUAUGCCGAGCCCCGCGAGGAGCUGGCCCGCAGCCCGGCAGAGCCCAUCCCCUUCUAUGCCAUGGCUCGGGGCUGGAGCCGCGCCGCUGCUCCCGAGGAGAACAUCUACUCGGAGGUGGCGCUGAGCCGGCAGGAUCGCCCCGGGGCACCCCAAAAUGCCUUCUCCACGCUGUCCCCACCCGCCCGGCCCCACCGCCGGCUGUUCCGCAGCGUUUCCAGCCAGGACUGCAAGAGGAGGCAGCUCCCGGCAGCUGCCGGCUCGGACGGGAGGGACAGAGCAGCUCCCGGCGCUGGCACGCAGGUCACCCAGCAGCCUGCACUGGAGUUGGAUGACCCCAUGUACAGCCAGAGCACACCCAGGGACCAGCAGAGCACGGCCAUGGCUGAGAAUGUGUACGAGCAGCUGCCUGGGGACUGUCCCUAAGGACAAGAGCUGGCUCCCAGGAGGAACCUCAGCUUCAUCUCACUGCAGGAAGCCCCUGGCCCUGGGAGGAAAGGUCCAAGGCUGCUGCUGUGCCCAGCUGGCAAUGCAAAUCUGCUCUUCUGCUUCCCAACCUGAUGGACAGCACAGAGGGGAGCAGGGUUAUCUCACCCAUCAACACAUUCCAAGAGACUUCUGAUAAUAAAAUGAAAGGGAAGAGGCUGCUGCAGGAAAAACAGGGAUGAGUUUGGCACUGUUAGUGCAUUAAAUUGGCCAGAAACUGGAGCCAUGCCACAGCCAGGGCUGAACCUCCCCAGCCUGGAGACAACCUACAUGCUUCCUCAGCCACAAAAUUUGGGAUGACACCACCACAAACCCUGGCUGGAACUGCCACAGUGGUGCUGGCAGUGUCAGUGGUGCUCCCAGCCCAACAGGAGCAGGGAGCCAGGAUGGCCAAAGCCCUGGCUCACAGGGAAAAGGAGCAUUGUAGUUGUUUCAUCUGUGGAAAAAUUCACUUCUGACUUUUCACCAACCUGAAUUUCGUUGCUCUUAGAAGGCUGAAAGUGGAACAUGAGCUCUUGAAACUCCCCUUGGUGCUAAACCUGAGCCAUGACCCCAAGGAGAAAUGGAAAGGGGAACCUGGGAGUCCCAGCCCCCACACAGGCUGUGCUCCACACUGCAAACUCCCUGGGCCAAGAGGGUACCUGGAUGAUGAAAACAGGCCUGGGUGGGUUCAUUUAGAAGUAUAUUCCUUUACCAAAUCUCUUCUGGGAGGAUUUCACUGUAGAUGCAAGAUACAAAUAAAUUACUCAACAGUA